AUGAGUGGCACUUCGAAUCGGCGAUCCAGCAAGGAUUUUGAAACAGAGACCGACGCCUUUGGCGUGAUCCAGAACGACGUAUCUUCAGAUUCGUCUGUUGGGUAUGAUCCUGUGAUCGACCAUCGAAGACACUCUGUCAGUGUUUCUGCUCCAAGACGUUCGCAUCCGCGGAAAAGGGGUCCAAGUAUCAGUGCUCCUGCUGUUUCGAUGGACCAUCCUCGAACUCGACUAAAUAAGGUCUUGGCAUCGGGAAGUUUGAGCUCGUCGUCUCCAAGACACAAGUACAACUCGUUGGACGAGGUGAGAGAGUCCAAGUUCCAGAAAUUCAAAAGCUAUAAUAAUGCCCUCAAGCAAAACCAUUCUUUGAGCGGAGUCCAAUAUAAAACCGAAAAUCCGUUCGAAUCGACUUUGAAACGGUCCUCUUCCCCAACAUCUCCAUACAAGGAUGACCCUAACUCCGAUUCGUACGGUUCUGGAGACGAGGACGAGGAGUCAAACUCAGUGUACGGCUCGUCUAAUCCGUCUUCUAGGAGAUCGUCCAACGCCUCUUCUCUGGACGACGUUUGUUUCCCCGUGGAGAGUCUGGAUGAAGCUGGAAAGCGCAAGGUUUGGCCUGAUAUCUCUGUUCUACAGCAGUUCGUCGACGAAGAGCUGGAAGAGUUCAAAAAAAUCACAGAGGCAUCCACUGCUCUGUCGCAGCAGUCCUCUGCAAACGGAACAGAGGACCGGAUCAAUUUCCAGUAUCCGUUGGUCUCAAACGUUGAACCAGGAGAAACAGAGCCCCUUUUUGUUCAAAAUGAAAGUGAAAGGGAUAUACUCAAUGGAAGGCUUAGGCCUCGCAGGGUUGUUCCCUGGGGCGACUCUAAACACAUGACAACCGAGAUUGAAGAAAUUAGCCAGCCAAAAAGUCUCAGAUUCACCUAUUUCAGAGAGGACUUGGAGAACACCAUCCACGCAUCUAACAUCUCUGGGCUUGUUCAGAACAAAUAUUCCUUGGGUGAUCUUUUUGGACGCUAUUCGGCCGAGCAUGGCCACCAGACACCAUACAUUGCUACUACCCAACCGUCUCAAGCGAACCUCAAACCAAGAGUCUCGGGAACGUCCACACCAACACCUUCGAUAAUUGCAGAGAGUAGCAGCUCUGCGUCUGAAGUGCCCCCAUUUUGGCUAGACGUUCUUAAUCCUACCGAGGAAGAGAUGAAAGUACUUUCCAAGGCUUUCAGCAUCCACCCAUUGACGACAGAGGACAUUUUCAUGGGAGAGACCAGAGAAAAGGUGGAACUAUUCAAGGACUACUAUCUUGUGUGUUUCACCUCCUUUGACGUGGUUCAAGAACACCAUAAUAGGAAAAAAGCAUUAGAGAGAGCGUUGGGAUCGUCUACCAUGUCUGAUGACGAGAGCGUUUCAAGCAAGCAGCGUAAGAAAGCUUGGUAUCGCCGUACGUUAAGCCAGCUCCUGCAAAGGAAAGGAUCUGCUCACGAGCUCGACAAACAACGGGCUCCUUCUAUGAUUUCCAAGAAACGAGAAGGUGGAAAGAAGAAAAAGAAGAACGGCGAUUUGGAACCUCUCAACAUGUACAUAAUAGUGUUCAGGGAUGGUGUGAUCACCUUCCACUCGAAACCAACUCCUCAUCCAGUGAAUGUUCGUCGCAGAAUCCGGUUGCUUAAGGAUUACUUGAGUGUGACUCCGGACUGGAUUGGAUAUGCUCUUAUUGACGACAUUACCGACGCUUAUGCUCCAUUGAUCGAAAGUAUUGAAGACGAGGUGAACGCUAUUGAAGACACAAUAUUGGUAAUGCAGAGCGGAGUAGACUCUGACGACGACUCUGACAGUGAAAGUGAUGAAGAGGAGGAGAAGGUUUGGCUGAAACUUAAGAGACGAACAUCGACUGUGGAUAAGUCGUCGCUAUUUUCGUGGAAGUCAAAGUCAUCGGCUUCAUCAUCUUCUUCACAGGACACUAGAAUUUUGAGCUGGAAACGGAAAGGAGACAUGCUGCGUCGUAUUGGGGAUUGUCGCAGAAGGGUCAUGUCUCUACUCCGACUUCUCGGUUUCAAGGCAGAUGUGAUCAAGGGAUUUUCCAAGAGAUGCAACGAGCGGUGGGAGGUUGCACCAAGGUCUGAGAUUGGAAUGUAUCUUGGUGAUAUCCAGGAUCACAUAGUUACCAUGGUACAGAGUUUGAAUCACUACGAAAAGCUUCUCGCACGGUCUCAUUCCAACUACCUCGCCCAAAUCAAUAUCGACAUGACCAAGGUGAACAAUGAUAUGAACGACAUAUUGGGAAAGAUCACCAUUCUUGGUUCGAUCGUGCUUCCGCUGAACGUUGUUACCGGAUUAUGGGGAAUGAAUUGUAUUGUUCCCGGUCAAGACUCUCCUGGUUUGACUUGGUUCUGGAGCAUCUGUUUCAUUGUGGACGACUUGGACUUUCUCAUGGAGCUGUUUCUUGUUAUUGAGGUGAUUCUUUUGUCGUUGGUUGUUUCAAGCUUUGGCUCGUCGCUAAUUUGCAUCGAUUCACGGAACUUUGACAUGCUUCCGUUUCCACCCAACUUGAGGUCGCUUAAAUAUGCCUCCAACGGAUUCACAGGCUGUUCCGACUUGCCAAAGAUAUUGAACUUUCCAAGACGGAUAGGUUCUGUUGGCCUGUCUGAGAGCAUGGAAUGUAACAAUGGAUUGGAGUAG